AUGUCAGCUGAACCUACGACAGAAGCCACCAUGAUCCUGCCUCCAGGGAACUCAACCGCCCUGCCACUCAACAAAACUACGAUACACCGUGAAGGGAACAACACAUGCGCCCCAGGAAAAUGCCGUGACUGUGCUGAGAUCUACGAGGGAGGAUCCACAACAAGCGGCGUUUACCUCGUCACCCUGCAGAACAACACACCUGUGGAGGUCUACUGCGACAUGGACACUGACGGCGGGGGUUGGACUGUCAUCCAGCGCCGGAUUGACGGGACUGUUCCGUUUAACCGUACCUGGGAGGAGUACAAACGGGGGUUCGGGAACAAGGACGGGGAACACUGGCUGGGGAACGACAACAUCCACCUCCUGACCAACCAGAAGGACUACAGGCUGCAGCUCUUCUUUCAGAAUAAACAAAAAUACUUUACCUACACUUGCAGCCGAGGUUUCUUUAAAGUAUCUGAUGAAAGGAAUGACUACAGACCUGAUCAUGGAAAGGGCAAACCUAACAGUAACUGUGAUUUGCUUAUGAGGUUUACGUUUGGACAAGCGUUCUCUACUGUGGACAGGGACAAUGAUAAUGUCCAGACCGUCAACUGUGCUGAGCGCUAUGGAGGAGGGUGGUGGUAUACGAAUUGUGGUUCCAGCGCAUUCCUUAACAAUCAGAGGGAAAGCAAAAAUCGGAAAUUUUGUCCUAUCAAGGUAAAACCGACGUCUUUGAAGCUGAAACCAUAA